CUGAGUCAGUGGAGGUGCAGCAGCCACUUCUCUCCAGAGCUGGAACUCACUCACAUCAGCAUCCUCUCUGCAGGUUUAGUUUUGCCGCUCGGAGACGCGCCAGGAUGUUCUACUUUCACUGUCCGCCACAGCUGGACGGAGAGUGUUGUCGCACCAAUACAUUGAAUUCAAGCAGCUUUGGUAACCACGCCCCGGCUGAUUUUGAUGAUGGAUUUUUGCGUAGAAAACAACGCAGAAACAGAACUACUUUCACUUUGCAACAGUUGGAGGCUUUGGAGGCCGUGUUCUCACAGACUCACUACCCGGACGUGUUCACCCGGGAGGAGCUGGCCAUGAAGAUCAACCUGACGGAGGCCAGGGUGCAGGUUUGGUUUCAGAACCGCAGAGCAAAGUGGAGGAAGACAGAGCGAGGGAGCGCAGACCCUGAAGGAGGAAAAGAGCAGAUGAGUGACGGCACUCCUCCAUCUCGCAUCAACUCUCAGUCCCCUGUGGACCACGGCAGAAAGCAGAAAGACCCGCUGGAGAUGCAGCAGAGUAUGAACAGGACAGUGGGUCCAAGUGGUCCGUUCUUCCCAUCUUGUAUACCAGGCACACUCCUGAACUCUGCCACCUACGCCCAGGCCCUCUCACAGGUCGCCACACUGAAAGGUAAUGGCUUAUGCUCCUGCUGUGUCUCUGACCCCAUGGGCUUGUCCUUCCUGCCUCCCUACGGUUGUCAGGGAAACCGCACAGCCAGUGUAGCCGCCCUGCGAAUGAAGGCCCGCGAGCACUCGGAGGCUGUGCUGCAGUCUGCCAACCUGCUCAGUGCGGCGAACGGGGGGCCCGGGGCCGGCAUGGGGGUCCUGUCUGGAGUCGGCAUGGGCUCAGCUGGGCUGGCGAGGCCCACAGUGGGUCCCCCCAUCGAGGUGCCCGUCGCUCUGGGGAGAGGGGGGGACAGCUCCAGUCCUAGCCCGGCCACCAAGGUCCUGUCCCUGGGCAGCAGUCCGGACAAACACCCUCACUGCUCCAAGGAACCACUGGAAAAAAAGUGAAGCACUGAACAUUAACGUGGAUGAACUGAUACUCUAAGUCUGUGUGACCGUGCCUGUUAUUGCUACGUUCCUAUGAGCAACGAAGCACAACUACUGACCGACUCCAGAAACUAUCUGGGAGACUUUACUGAUAUCACAAUGUAUGGAUGCAACAUUAAAAUAUUUAUUUGACAGUAAAUUAUUAUUGUUUGUGAGAAAUGCUGAAUAUUUGGGGCCUUGUUAACCCCACAGAAGCACAAUGUGGUUUUGGAUCUAUCUGUCUUCACACGCUCUUGGACUCUAUUUGCUGGACUAAGAUAGAUACAUGUGUGAAACAGAACCUGUUUGAUAAUGUGAAUUCAAGUAAUCCUAAUACAGAAUCUGUCCUCUUCUUUUCAUGAAGAGGACAGAUGCUUACAUUGUGAAUGUUGAUGCAUGUAAACUGUAAGUACAGAGAUGAUGGCAGGACAGGGAGGACCUUUUGGAGAAUUUUGGCAAUAUAAUGUUUAUGCCAUCAGGUCAUUUAUGGGCUCAAACAAUCUCUUAUUCUUUUGAUUUUAAAGUGAAAGUGCACUUUAUUAUUCAGCCACUUUUUAGUGUAAAUGUGUACAUGUGCCAGAAUACAGUAUGUCCAUGUGUGAACCCCUGGCAGGCAGAUGCAGUGACAGAGCGCUCAGUUAGCACAUCUGUAGCGCCAGCAGACAGGGAGCACACCCAUCCUGUUGUGACAUGUUCUUUAAAACAAUUAAAGAUGUAGUCGCUCA